UAGCUCCCCCUUUACGGUGACCUCACUGCUGACGCCACGCCGCCUCGACUGGCUUAUUUUUUUUACUUUUAAAGCUUAAACUGGAGUAUAUUAAGACAGCAUUUACACAGAUGAUUGUAAUCCAUCUUUGCUGGAGAAUCUUAGAAGCCUGCAGAAGACCAGAAUGAGAUCAUUUGUGUGUGCCCGUUAGCUGAAGGAUGUUGAUGUUUGCUACUGGUUCUUUUAGCAUGCAUGCUAAUGUAAGCUCUCUUCAUUCAGUGUUUCUAUGUGUGUGAAUAGCUAACAUAGCAGCUCACAGCCUUCGAUUUCACUUCGAUCUCUUUUAGAGGAGGAUAAUAGAUACAAAUUCUGAACCUGUGGUCAUCUGGGGAUUGUUUUGACACAUCUGAGAGGCAGUGAAGAUGAGUGGCUGUGAGGAGCAGGAAGGGGGCUAUGAGGCUAGACGUUACCAGCUCUAACCUUCAUUUUAACCUCUGCUGUGAGCAACUGACAGCUGCCUCUAGUGAACAUGUCUGUGCACGAGGACUUAGAUCACCCUCGCUUCUUUGUGGGAGCUGAUGAUGGCGAGGGAGACGAACUGCUCGAUCCAGGCAGAGUGCUCGGCUAUGAUUGCCUGUACGAAAACGUGGAAGAAGAGGAUGAGGACCGAGACGAUGCAGAAUAUGAUUCGCCCCCAGAGAGACAAAUCGUAGUGGGUAUCUGUGCCAUGUCUAAGAAGUCAAAGUCCAAGCCUAUGAAGGAGAUCCUGGAGAGACUGUGUUUGUUCAAAUACAUCACUGUGGUUACAUUUGAAGAGGAAGUCAUUCUGAAUGAGCCGGUGGAAAACUGGCCACUCUGUGAUUGUCUCAUCUCUUUCCAUUCCAAAGGAUUCCCUCUGGAUAAGGCUGUGGCUUAUGAGAAGCUGAGGAAUCCAUUUGUCAUCAACGACCUGGAUCUUCAGUACUUUAUUCAGGACAGGAGAGAGGUGUAUCGGAUCCUAAAGGCCGAGGGAAUACAACUGCCUCGCUUUGCGGUUCUGAACAGAGAUCCUGCCAGACCAGAAGAAUGUAAUCUGGUGGAGGGAGAGGACCAUGUGGAGGUGAAUGGGGAGAUUUUCCAGAAGCCUUUCGUGGAGAAACCAGUUAGUGCUGAGGACCACAAUGUCUACAUCUACUACCCCACAUCUGCAGGAGGGGGCAGUCAGCGGCUCUUCCGCAAGAUUGGUAGCAGAAGUAGCGUCUAUUCUCCCGAGAGUAACGUCAGAAAGACUGGAUCCUACAUCUAUGAGGAGUUCAUGCCUACAGAUGGAACUGAUGUGAAGGUGUAUACUGUAGGUCCUGACUAUGCCCAUGCAGAGGCCCGGAAAUCUCCUGCUCUGGAUGGGAAGGUGGAACGGGACAGUGAGGGGAAAGAGGUCCGUUAUCCAGUCAUCCUCAAUGCCAGAGAGAAACUCAUCGCAUGGAAAGUCUGUUUGGCUUUCAAGCAAACCGUGUGUGGCUUCGACCUGCUCCGUGCCAAUGGCCAGUCAUACGUCUGUGACGUCAAUGGCUUCAGCUUUGUCAAGAACUCCAUGAAGUACUACGAUGACUGUGCAAAAAUCCUGGGGAAUAUCAUCAUGAGAGAAUUGGCUCCACAGUUUCAGAUCCCAUGGUCUAUACCUUUAGAAGCAGAGGAUAUUCCCAUAGUUCCCACAACCUCUGGAACGAUGAUGGAGUUGAGGUGCGUAAUUGCUGUGAUUCGACAUGGUGACAGAACUCCCAAACAGAAGAUGAAAAUGGAAGUUCGACAUCAGAGGUUUUUUGACCUCUUUGAAAAAUGUGAAGGCUACAAAAGUGGAAAACUGAAAUUGAAAAAGCCAAAGCAACUCCAAGAAGUGUUGGACAUUGCCAGGCAGCUGUUGGUAGAGCUCGGCCAAAAUAACGAUUCCGAAAUUGAGGAGAGUAAAGCAAAGCUUGAACAGCUGAAAACUGUCCUUGAAAUGUACGGUCAUUUUUCUGGCAUUAAUCGCAAGGUUCAGUUAACGUAUCUGCCACAUGGUUGCCCUAAAACAUCCAGUGAAGAGGAAGACGUGCGGAGGGAUGACCCGUCGCUGUUGCUGGUUUUGAAGUGGGGUGGCGAGUUGACUCCAGCAGGCAGGGUGCAGGCUGAAGAGCUUGGUCGGGCCUUUAGGUGUAUGUACCCUGGAGGACAAGGUACUUUUACACCCACUGUGCUCAAUACUGUUCCUAUUAUGUCUGCCCCUUGUUGCUUAUUGUUUUUCUCCUGCGUCUCAGGCGACUAUGCUGGCUUUCCCGGCUGUGGCCUUCUCCGUCUGCACAGCACAUAUAGGCAUGACCUGAAGAUAUACGCCUCUGAUGAAGGACGCGUUCAGAUGACUGCUGCAGCAUUCGCGAAAGGCCUGCUGGCAUUAGAGGGAGAGCUGACACCCAUCCUGGUUCAGAUGGUAAAAAGUGCCAAUAUGAAUGGCCUUCUGGACAGUGACAGUGACUCCUUAAGCAGCUGCCAGCAGAAAGUCAAAGCACGACUUCAUGAGAUUCUUCAGAAGGACAGAGACUUCACAGCAGAAGACUUUGAGAAGCUGGCGCCCACCUCUAGCACAUCUCUUGUGAAGUCCAUGCAGAUGAUUAAAAACCCUGUGAAAACAUGUGAUAAGGUGUACUCCCUCAUUCAAAGCCUAACGCUGCAGAUCCGCCAAAGAAUGGAAGACCCCAAAUCAGCAGAUAUCCAGUUAUACCACAGUGAGACUCUUGAGCUGAUGCUGCGUCGGUGGUCUAAACUCGAGAAGGAUUUUAAGAUGAAGAAUGGCCGAUACAACAUCAGCAAGAUACCUGAUAUCUAUGAUUGCAUCAAAUAUGAUGUGCAGCACAACAGCUCAUUAAAGCUUGACAACACCAUGGAAAUUUACCGGUUAUCCAAAGCACUGGCUGACAUUGUCAUCCCACAGGAAUAUGGUAUUUCUCAACCUGAGAAACUGGACAUAGCCAAAGGUUACUGUACACCUCUUAUUCGCAAGAUCCGCUCUGACCUACAGAGGACACAAGACGAUGACACUGUUAAUAAACUGCACCCAGUGUAUUCCAGCGGAGUCAUGUCUCCAGAACGCCAUGUGCGGACCAGACUUUACUUCACCAGUGAGAGUCACGUACACUCACUGCUGUCUAUCUUGCGUUACGGAGCCCUCUGUGAUGAGGCCAAAGAUGACCAAUGGAGGAGAGCCAUGGAUUACCUUAAAAUAGUCAGUGAGCUGAACUACAUGACACAGAUAGUCAUUAUGCUCUAUGAAGACCCAAACAAGGAUCCUUCGUCAGAGGACCGUUUCCAUGUGGAACUUCAUUUCAGUCCAGGAGCUAAAGGCUGUGAAGAAGAUAAAAACCUACCAUCUGGAUUUGGAUAUAGACCAGCAUCUAGAGAGAAUGAGGGCUCCAAGAAGAAAUCCCAUAAUGACAGUGACGAGGAGGCCAGUGGUGCCAAACGGGACGAGCCGGAUCGAGCCCUUAUGAUGUUCCGCCCCAUGGUGUCAGAUCCCAUCUACAUCCACCGGAAGUCCCCUCUUCCCCGCUCCAAAAAGAUUGGCUCUGUGGAAUCCCCAUUGCAGGCAGACUUUUUCAAGACGCCUGCUGGCAAAGAAGAGAGCCCCCUGAGUGUGUCUAGCCCUGACUCUAUAGGUACCUGGAUUCAUUACACCUGUGGUGUUGGUACUGGGCGUCGAAGACGCAGAUCAGGGGACCAAAUAACUUCCUCCCCAGUCUCCCCCAAAUCACUGGCUUUCACAUCCAGUAUUUUUGGCUCAUGGCAACAGGUUCUGUCAGAGAACAACAGCCACAGCAGACCGGGCAGACUGCACGCCGAUCACAAGCUCACCACUGGAAUCGGGUCUCAUUGUGCUGGCUUGUUUAGCACCAUGGUGCUGGGCGGCUCCUCCAGUGCACCUAACCUACAAGAUUACGCUCACGCACACCGUAAAAAGCUGACCUCCUCUGGCUUCUUAGAUGAGGCUACACGUGGUUCUGCUGUAAAAAGAUUUUCUAUCUCAUUUGCGCGACACCCAACCAAUGUGUUUUCCAGUAUGUUCAGUGGUUUUGAGUUGUAUUCCAUGGUUCCUUCAAUCUGUCCCUUGGAGACCCUCCAUAAUUCCCUGUCUCUCAAACAAGUGGAUGACUUCCUCGCUUCCAUAGCCAUAUCCCAUGAUUCAGUACUGGAAAUAUCGGCAUCCUCGCCAGCUGUGCCCACAAAGAAGGCUCCUUUGAACACUUAUACUCCAGCAAAAGUUUUGCCCUGUCCAUUCACCCAAUCCCUUGCCAAGAAGACGUGCUCACCAGAGAAGAGUGCAUCAGAUCAGGAUGACUUUCCAGCCAGAAAGCCCAGAGCAGUUUCAGUAAAUGUUCUGGAGCAUGGUGCAAGUUGUGGCAAAACUUCACACCCAAGCUCAGCGACCAAGCAGCACAACCCUGCUCCAAUCAUCUCCAUCCCUCUGCCACCUGAAUGUCAUGAUUCCUCUAUUAAAACCCAACAACUAUCCAGUGUCUCAUCCAGUGGCACACCAGCACUUGAAGUCCCUGCUCUACAAAAUAAGAGUGCUACAAAAAACAUGCCAGGCUUUUACACAUGACAUCAAUCUGCAAACCACCACCUGGGAAAUGUAAAAAUGAACUAAAAUCACAGCACACCCUAAAUCAGGGCAAAACUAAAGCAGAUGACCACAUGCCAUGGACCCAGUGAACCAACACAGGAUUUUUGUUCAGACAGAUUAGAUCAAUUCUUAGAGCAUGUUACAGGCCUGACUUUAUUACCUUUAGUGACAAGAAUUUGUCAUAAUUAGCAGUACCUUUAUUUGCAUUUAAAGGAACAUCUCACUGAAUGUUUGUUACCAAAACACAGUCCACCAAAAGAUAUCACAUUGUUGUAAUUACAAUCAUAUCGUAGGCUUAUUUAGCUCUUCCAUUCACCUUGAAUGGUUCGGAAGAAUGUGUUACAUUUAUCUUGUAUAUUUGAAUGUUGAAAUGUAAAAGCUUGCAUAGAAUUUACUGUCAUAGUAUGAUGACAUGUUACUGCAGCUGGUUUUAAUAUUUAAUGAAUACAGCAUAUUCUGGGGCCUCAUCAAACAAGGUCCUAAGUGAUAUUUCUUGUUUAGAAACAUAUUUUUAAUGCAUAUAUUUCAUUACAAUCAGAAUGUGCACUUUCCCUCCACUGUAACGGAAAUCUGCCUUAUGUUAACAAGUACUUUUCCAUCAAAUUGAAAUUAAACUGAAUGUUGUGUAUAUUGGGAA